AUGGGCACCUUACAGGGCCACCUGCUGGCAGGGACAUUCUUCCUCAUCUUCUCCCUCUACUACUCAGUGAUGGUGUCCUUGGCGCUGCUACGGGGACAGAGGUACCUCCGACCCCCUCUGCCCCCGAGGGAGAAGCGAGGACACAGGUGGUGGCAGCUGGUGCCUGUGCAAGGGAUAAUGAAGGUGCUCAUCUCCCUGGGUGGCAUCAUUCCCGAAUUCUUCUACCCCCCAGGAGUGAACCGGCUGAUGAUAGUAGACUGGGAGGACCCCCGGCGCCCGUUCGUGUUCUACGAGAACUGGGACCACGUCACCAUGUACGGCUUCUUCCUGCUUAGCGGCGUGGUGGACAUCGUGAGCCGGUCGUGCCAGGCGCGGCAGACCGCGAAGCUGGAGCAGGCGGCGGAGGCCCUGGCCUUCUGCGUGCUGGCGCUGCUGAUGGCGGCCCACCUGGAGAACAGGGGCACCCUGGAGAUCCGCGUGCACGCGCUCUUCGUGGCGCCCGCCUUCCUGGUUGGCCUGGUGCUCGCCAUAGAGGUCUGGGUGCCCGACCAGCCCGCGCUGUGGGUGCUCAAGACCUGGAUGGGCCUGGUGCUCAGCAGCUGGAUGGUGCAGCUGUCGGUGCUGAUGUACGCGCCUCCCUCUGGGCAGCCCUGGAGAGCGGAAAACCCCGAGGACCUGGCCUUCCUCCCCAUCUUCUUCUGCUGGCACCUGGCCUUGGGCGCGGCCCUACUGGCCGCCGUCUAUGGUCUCUGCAGCCUCUGGCACCAUCGCUCCUCCUCUCGGAGAGAGGUCCCAGGCGCCAAGUACCGGCCGUGUCCCAGGGGCUAUAGCAACGAAGACCUGGAGAAGCUGGGCACCGAGGGCGUGCUGCAGGAUGAGGGCGUCUAG